GCUUUGGGAUCCGGUGACAGGUUUGCACGCCCGGGUCCUGUGCAGCGGGGCUACGGGCUCCUCCCCUGCAUGGGACUAUAAAUCCCCAGCAGCCGACGACUGGCCCCAGCACUUGCACCCCGUGGGCCAAACGGACAGACGGACGGACAGCUCCUGGCCUGGGCCCGGCUGCCUUCAUUGCACCCACCCCAUCGCCCGUCGUCUCCCACGCGUUCCCCCCAGGGACGUGAGAAGAUGGGGCCGGUCACUGGCAUCAGCCUCGGCCUCCUCGGCUGCCUCAUGCUCCACCUGUCGCUGGCCAGGGCUCAAGGCGCAAGCUGUCCCCAGGGCUGGGACAACUCCGACGGCGGCUGCUACAGGUACUUCUCCCAAGAGCUGAGCUGGAUGCGUGCCGAGACCUGGUGUCGGCGCUUGGGGAAGGGGAGCCACCUCGCCUCCCUCCACGACAAGCAGGAGCACCGCGCCGUCGCCGCCCUCGUCAGCCGCCAUCAGCCGCACAGCGACAAGGACGAGGACGGCGACGACGUCUGGAUCGGAUUCUGGCUGCCGGCGGGGGACCAUAGCUGGCAAUGGAUGGACGGCUCCGCUGCAGACUAUGAGGCCUGGCACAAGGACAGCUUGGAGGACUUGUAUGACGACUUGGACUCGGACCCGGACUCAGACUCGGAUUCGGAUGAGGUCUCUCCCAGAAAACAGCUCUGCGUCAUGCUGGAGGAAGACUCAGGGUACCGGACGUGGGGCAGCACCUCCUGCGACGACAAGAAAGCAUUUGUCUGCAAACUCACGGCCUAGGGCAGCGCUCGCCUGUGCCACGACAGCUCCCGGGCCCCGGGGUCAGGUGGAUCCGGCCUCUCUGCUUCCCCAUGGAGCCGUGUCCUCGGCCGCCACGUCCCUACUCUGAAUCAAUAAACUUCCCUUUGAGCAUCUA